AGCGGCCGCUCGGAAGCCGGGGAACGGGGCGCGACCGAGAGGCUGCGAGCGGCCCCCGGGGAAGGGAAGCAAGCACCGGGACGCCGCUGCCUGGUCCCCCGCUUCGUUCCCGCCUCGGUCACCUCCGUGGAGGCAGCAGGAUGGAAAAGAGACCGGUCUGAAAAACGCUUCCUUCGUGGACUUUGCUGUUGCCUGCUAGAAUGUUCCUUAUGAAUGCUUCUCCCUUGGUAGCUCUUCAAACACAAUGGGAGUCCUUUGGGCCAGCAAGGAAUUGUAGAUACCCCGUUUGCUUCUCUGAAUCCGAAGGGAACGUCACAAGAACCUCUGUAAGCGCAAAAGUUCAGAUGAUCAUAAACAGCCUGCAAAGUCAAGAGUCUCCCCUGGGUAUGAACAAUGAGUAUGGUUGUGUUAUGCAGAAGAAACAAAAGGGAGAAAAGGGCGCCGGUAAUAGGGUCACAUCCAGCAGCACGUUGCUGCGGAAGCAUCCUAAAUAUACCGAGCGUGGUUGUCCUGCUGGUUCAGUCGACACUGAAGUGGAAGUGAACGUGGGAUUUGAGACUCUCUUGCUUGACUCUGAUAGUGACGAUUCUGUUGACCGAGGUAUAGAGGAAGCCAUUCAAGAGUACUUGAAAGCAAAAAGCAAAAGUGACCAGUCAUUACAGAGGAAUGCAGAGUGUUCUGAAAAUAUAAGCAGAGACAAAAGAUUUAAGAGACAGUUCUCCCAGAACAAAAUGUCUAGCGACCUGCUACCUGUGAAAUUUAAAGCAGAGAUGCUCUCUGAAGAGUACCUGUCUGACCAGCUGGGACUUGGUAAAAGGCUACAGCCCGCUUCCCCUCAAAGCAUCAGCAGCGAUGAUUCCUUUGAACAAAGCAUACAAGCUGAAAUAGUGCAGUUCUUGAAUGAGAAAAAGCAGCAAGAAAUUAGCAAGUGUGUACUCGGGGAGGAUAAAAAAGAUUCCCAGGUGAGAUCUGUCCUAAAAAGCAACAAACAAACAACUAACAAAACAAACUGUGGUGCUAUGAAGCAAGAUUGUAACGCGCUCCUCUUGAGACACCAUCCCAAGCUACGGAAAACCAGCACGCAGUCCAAGUGUCUGAAGGCUAAAAUCCAGGAAGAGCCCGGUGAUUUCAACCAAGUGAACCGCGCUUAUCUAGAAAUGGCCACUGCCAGCCAGCCCUGGUUAAUGCAGCAAAAUAAAGCAAGUGGAGCUAAUUACUGGGAAACGAGGGGAGCACUUCUGAAUGAGAGCCUGCACGCCUCCGACUCAAGUAGCGAUGAUGGCAUUGAAGAAGCCAUUCAGCUUUAUCAGCUAGAGAAGAUCAGGAAGGAGGGAGGUCACCCAACAGGCUCAGUCCUUUUGCAAAGGGAACAAUUUGACGCCAAGGGGAUAGCCAACAUUUCUGCAAGCCUGACAAUUAGCUCAACAAAAAGUGCCUCACCAGAACAUAAAAACCCUAUCAGCAACAAAAGAAAAGAGAUUAAUUCAAAGUCGACAGAGUUAGAAAGCACCAGCAAUGAAUUUAACAAGCUGUUUAAACCACUGAAAAAAGCCAGACACUUUGUAGCUCCAGAGAACAAGAUUGCUGCUUGUGAGCUCACACUGCAGGCCUCUUGCAGGGCAGACACAUCUGCAGAACUCAUGUGUGCAGAAGCUAUCCUCGAUAUUUCCAAAACAAUCAUGCCAUCCCAAAUGGGAAGUGACAACAGAUCCCUCGCUACGGACUCCUUCUUUUCUCCCCAGCUUCUCUCAUCCUCCCCUUGUGAAAGUGACAACAGCCUCGUGGACAGUGAUGAUAGCAUAGAGCAAGAAAUCAGAGCUUUUUUGGCUCUGAAAGCUCAGUCGGAAAGCCUCGUAACAAAGCCUCCCAGCCUGUCACGCUCGAUCCAGAUGCCUUUGCCAUCUGAUCAGAACAGCCUCACUGGUACUCUUGAGCCUUCUCUUCCCAAAACACUGAAGCUAUCACUGAGUCGUAAAAGGAGACUUAAAAGGGAAGGCAGAGUAGUGAAACAAGAUGCAUCAAAAGCACCUGAACAGCUGGGGACGGGAUUUUUCCAGCCGGAUACCUAUUCAAAAUCUCCUCUGCUCCUCGAGGGGUGUGCCCUGAGCUGCCCUGAAGAACUCUGUGAUGCUCGGAGGCUCGACAGCAACGAGACUACCCAGCAGCAGCUGAUGUCUUCUGAGUUGUGCGGAUCCGCUGACAAAUGCGUGGCCUUGGAUUCUGUAAAUCCUUUUUUGCAGGUUCAGAGUGGUGCGAGAAAGCUUAUGAAAAAUACCAUCCACACUCAAGACAGAGACGGUUCGGCUGAUGAGAGCAGUUCUCUGGAUAGUGAUGAGGACCUUGAUAGUGCUAUCAAGGACCUUUUACGGUCUAAAAGAAAAUUAAAGAAGAAGUCUAAGGAGCAGAAAUCUCAGUGCAAGAAGAGAGUUAGGUUUACCGAGACAGAUGCUCAGCUGCUGGAUGAAUUUAGCAGCCUCCAACAAAAUGAGUGGAAAUGUAAAAAUCCUGUGCUACUGAAAAGUUGCCUCUCAAAAUCUAGAAAAGCUGUGAAAGAGAAUGCAAUCAGAAAUCCUCCAGACAACGUAAAUGUCAGACUUUCAAAUGAAAGGCCAGAAACCAUUAAGAACUUAGAGUUUGAUUUACAGCUUAAAAAAGGAUAUAAACCCGAACCAAUUUCAAACCAGAAUAACCUGCGGGUAGCUAAGAAUAAAAAAUGUACUUUCACAGCUGUAUCAGAUGCUGAUGAUAGCAGUUCAGUGGAUAGCGACGACAGCAUUGAACAGGAAAUUAGGAAAUUUUUGGCAGAAAAGGCUAAGGACUCUGCGAGCAAUUCAGAGACGCAAAAAGAUGAUGCAACUCUAGACCUAUUGAGGGUGACCAAACAAACUGCUAAUAAAGGAAAGGCAAAGCAACAGCCAGGUGAAAAUGAGGUUGGCCUCUUGCUGGGUCAGAGUAAAAAGACUAAAGUGUCCCAGCAAAACAACGAGUUGAAGAACUCUCAGAGAAUGGAAGGGAAAAGUGCAAUGUUACUUGACAGUGAGAAAGCUGCUCCCUCGGCAGAGAAUGUUUAUCUUCAUACUACUGGUCAGUCAAAAGCUAAACAAGGAACAGGGGGGGUUAAAGGUGGUGCUGCUGGUGAGUUACCUGGAAAUGCAACAGGUAAAAAGGACGUCCCUAAUAAGGAAGCUGUGCAGAAAACACUUGCAGCUAAAAACGGCAAAAAUGAAGGUUGUAAAGUACGCAAAGUAGCUAAUGCAAAAUCUCGAUCUAAAAGAAAGAACACCUUUCACUUAAAAAUUUCAAGUAAAUUUAUCGCGGGUCUCAAGUACGCUCGGGAAAGGAAGAAAUCCAUGCUUUUGAUGAAAAAGCAAAAAGCAGAGCAGGUGCUCAGCCAGAGCAGCGCAUUAGGAAUGGAGGUAGAUUCCCAGGAUACAGACGUACUUAGGCAGGGAAGAGAAGCCUCCCAGCCAAAAGGUGAAUUUAGCAGGGAGAAUGAGACAGCAAUAAAAGAACCCAGUUCUUCUCAGAAGCUCACUGUGGAAGCAUCAGGUUCCCAUGUAGCAGAAAGCUGUGAAAGACGGGAGGCUGCUCCUUUGUGUAUCACAGAGGGCUGCCAAAGGGCUGCCACUGCAGGAGACCACUCAAAUUCACAUUCGAAUCUCCCCUCAGCAGGACAGAGCGUGGCAGCAGUAACAGUAGAUAAGGCUUGCAGAGGAACAUCCAAAGCUGAGAACGUAGAGAUACGUACGAAGGAAGGAGGUAUCCUCAAAGACAGCUGGGCAGAUUCGAGUUUAGAUCCCCCUCUCCCACAACACGGUAUGGCAGCAGUAAAAGCUGAUAAAAUUAGUGGAGGGACGUGUCAGGAGAGCAUACAUGUGUGCAGUAGUGGAGAGAAUAGCCAGCAGGACAGCGUGUCAGACCCAAGUUCAGGUUGCCCGCUGCAGGAGCUAACUGCGACAGCAGAUAAAACUAGCAGAGGAGCACACGUGGAUAACAGCGUGCACGUGUGCAUUAAGGAGGAAGAAGUUCUCCACCAGGACAGUGACAGGCAGGAAGAAAUUCAGGUAUCCAGAUCCAGUCUGGAAAGAAAACUGCCUGCCGUGCAGAAUAGGGGAGCUGAUUGUGAGCUGGACCAAGGGCAGGAAGUUCUAGACAAAAACUGUGCAAAACUUACUGACGUACCCGCAGGGGACUGCCCAGAUUCCUUCUUGAAAGUAAAAGUUUCACAUAUGUAAGUACACUUUUUUUUUUUUUUCCCCACAGUAACAGUAUUUUUAGGAAAUAACUUGUUACAAUUAUCUUGAUAAAACUUUAAAACUUGAGACAUGAGAGAUGGUGGGAGAGGCUGAUAUAUGUAUAUCAUACACACACUAAUGUGAAAAAGGCAUCUAUUUAACAGGGAUAUCACGGAUAAACAUACUUCGGUUUUGUAGAAUUUUGUAAAUUAUUUAAAGCGCUCUAAGGAAAUAUUUUUUAUAAUGAUUUUUAGGGCUUACAUUACUACAGGAUUCUGUAGUUGCUGUAGAUAAGAUGAUACUGGCUGAUCAUGCUUUAAAUUAUGAGGCCUCUAAUCAUAUAGUGAAAGGAAACCUGAUUGCGCGCAGAACACACUUGGCAAUGUGUUGAGAGAUCCUAGGAGAACACGGCAUUUAAUACGAGUGCUGUGCUUCGGAAGCAGACUAUCUGACAUUUGUUUACAUUCGAGUUGCCUUAGGACAAUCCUUUGUAGUGGUUUUACGCGCGGGUCUCAGCUCUCCCACCCCGAGGACUGUUGGGUGAGCUCGCUGAGCAGGAUUCCAGCGGCGUCGAUGCAGCUGUGGGUGCGGAGAUCCACCCGUGAAGAUCCAAACACGGAUCCAGGUAAACAAAGUGGGUCAGUCUGUCCACACAGCCUGUGUAAGGCAAUCCCAGCAGCCGCUGAAAGUACCUUUUGAAUGCUGGAAACCUCCUGCUAGCAGGUGAUUCAAAGCACAAUUGAAGUGGGGAAGAAAGUGAAGGAGCAUGUCUACUUAGACAACGCGAUUUCUGUGGAUUUCACUACUUUCGUACUCAUGGGCCUGCAAGGCUGGAACCAUUUCCUCGUUGCUCUCGAGUCCAGCUCUGAUGCCCUGCAGUUACCCAGAGGUGGGGUUUGAUUUUUUCCGAAUGAACUUUCUUCGAUCGAGUGCCCUUACUUUCCUUUUUCAAAAGUGGUUUCUGAAAUGUUACAUUUCUGUGAACUUUUUUCAUUUACAAUUUUUGUGCAAUAGAGCAAAAAGCUAGGUUUGCUGUAGGAAGUUCCUAACGUAAACGCCAAGGAUAUUUUCAGCACUGUUCUUUCGUACUGAUAGAGCUCUCUCUGCCUCUCUUUCCAGCACCUGGAAUAAAACAAUUUUUCACUACUGUCUUUUUCUUUGUACUGACUUUAAGUGACAUUGAAGUAGUGCGUUCAUAUCACAAUAAAAGUGUCCCCGCACCGGUUUCACUGAAAAAUCUGAAAGGGGUGAAUUUAAGCUGUUGGUUGGUCAUUUUCAUUUGUGUGUGGUGAAGUCCUUUGAGUAGUUCGUUCUUGCAUCUUGUCCUGUGAAUUGAUUCAAUAUUCUCCAGUCUUCUGCAGACCUUCUCUCAGCCAAACUACCAUUUAGUGUCACUUGGUCUCUUAAUCACUUCAGCAGUCUUCCUGGAGGCUGGCCUUAACGCUGCAAAACGGAGCAAAAGCAGUCAAGAAUGGAUCCAGUAUCACUUAGUAUCCCCAGAGGUGAUUGCAUUUGCAGAAUAUUGGCAGACUGCAGCAUAGCAUAGAGUAGGAAAAGUAACCGUGGCAUGUAGAGGAAUAAAGAACAUCCUUUGUGUGUUUGUACUGUUGUGCAGCUACAUUUUAAACACGUCUGUGGUGGUCACUUGACAUUUCUUACUGUCUGGCCACCUUUUUGUAGUCCUUGGGCUGGUUGGUUGGCUUAAGAGAUCAGUAUGCAUUUCAUUUUUGUGGUAGGAUACCUUGGGAAAGUGUUUUUUACUUAGCUCACGUGCCUGCACUAAGUCUACACGGGCACAUAUUUUUGCCUGCCUUGAAUCAGUUGCAGGAUUUAGGCCUUUUGUUUGGAAUAGGUAAAUAGGCUGGUAUUUUAAAAUAGAAGUUUUCAGAGUACCUUGCUUUAAAAGGAUUAAACUGUGCUUAAUAGAGCUGAUGGAAGCACUGUGUACCGUUUGUAUGAAAUAAGCUGAAUGUUUCUCCUCAAAAGUUUCAGUAAAUCACCAUUUACGAUUUAAAAGGUGUUGUGUGCCCCUGUCAAUGUGUCUGUGUGCUCAGUACUACUCGUGAACUGAUUCACUUCCAGUUAAGAUGCAAUUCCGAUUACCUUGUGCUUUAAAUAAAAAACUAAUUUCAAACAGCACUUUUUAAAAAUUGAUAAACUUGAUUUGUAUAUAGGAAAUGGUGUACAUUGAUACGUUUAUAAUGUUUAAUAAACGGGGUUCUGACCAUGGACCGUGAAACCAGA